AUGAAGAACAGCGUGGCGCGCACUCAACCUACUCGCCGCUAUGAGAAUUUUACACUGGAAAACAACUUGCCUUUGUCUAUAGGCGCCAAUUUUCACGACGACCCAUUUUGUCGUGACAGCCUCCGAAAAAGUCAUAACCUUUUGUUGCCACAGAAGGUGGAUUACGCUCCCCAUACCGAGUAUAUUUACAACGGAGGUGGUUUUUCGCGAGGAGGGAAAUCGAGGGCCGAAGCUGCAGCCGAUGAUGAAGAGAGCGAUGAGGAAGAUGUGUUUGAUGGAUGGCUUACUGCGAACUUUGAUGCACCAAACGGCGGAAAGGACCACGUGGUUCGUUUUUUGGCUUAUUUUUUGGAAGCCAUUCCUGAAUCCCCGACUGAAACUACCCUUGUGAGAAAGGUAUGCAUUCGUUAUUAUACGCAGGAUAACAGUUUGUCGGUUAUAGAGGCGAAACAAGACAAUAGUGGUAUUGUGCAAUCAAGGAUAUUGUCGCGUCGACAAGUGCCGAAAAGGAUGGAUGACGUUAAUGAAAUUAUCUUACUUGAUGAUUUUCAUAUUGGGGACUCAAUUGAAAUUUUUAAACGAAAAUAUUAUCUUUUGGAUAUGGACGAGCGAAGUCGGCUCUACUACAAGAAAAUACGCGGUGAAGAGGUUCCGGAGGCCUUGCCAUGGCCAAAUGAACUGGAUAAAUUUGGUACCACAAUGGCAGCGCAGCAUUCUAAAACGACGCAUCGCAUGGCGACAUCUGAGGAUAUGGAUAGGAAGCGGGCCAUUGAACAACAACUUACUGGUAUUUACACAAAGCAUGCCACGGAAGAUAUUCUUGCCGCGCAGAAGUUUUUGAAACACAAUAUAAAUGAGCAUUUAACCUUCCUGGCGUUGUGGGACGACCGUGAAAAUCUCAAAGGGGAUUUGCGUUUUUGUGCCAUUCGUAUUUAUCUGGAAAAUGAUACAAUUGAAAUUGUAGAAAUAAGACCUGAGAAUUCCGGACGUGUAGGUGGUGCAAUACUACUGGGUCGGCAACGAGUUCCUCGUCCUGGUGUUGACCUGCAAAAGACGCGGUUCCAAGAACACACCUUUGGUGUAAUAAUGAAACGUGACUUCCUUGUGGCCGAAGAUAUGCAAAUUGGUGAAGCUUACAUCAUUCAUGGCAAACCAUACUACAUUUAUGACGCAGACUCGUUUACACGGGACUAUAUGCAAACCAAACUUGGUAUUAAACUUGCCCCCAAAGCGGACAUUGAUGCAUUUGUUAAAGUUGACGCGAAAGACCCCGUUAAGUUUUAUCCUCCUCCACCGAAUGGGUUUGGUAGUGAACGUGAAAAACGCGCUAACUGGCUUACCUUGGCGGCAAAACCUCAAAAACCUGAUUUCGCUAAAUUAGAAAAGGAAGAGGGACGUGUCAUGCGUUUCUUGGCAGAGUUGGCCAACCCAUUGGUUCGAGGGGAUGAAAAGAGGCAAUUUGUGAUUUCGUUUCAUCGGGCAAAAGAUGAGGUUGAGAUUUUUGAAAAACCCGAAAGAAACUCAGGAUUCAUUGCUGGACGGUUUCUCUGCAGAGGAGUUUAUGAAAAACGGUUGCCUGACGGCUCAAGUGUUCCUUAUACGCCUGAAGAUUUUGAGGUGGGCAAGGAAAUUGUUAUCUUGGAGCGACCGUUUAAACUCAUUGCGAUGGAUAAUGAAACGAAGAGAAUUUUAGAAGAUAAAGAAGUCUUUGCCACCGAGAAUCGAAUGCGAGAUUUACUACUCUUAUUUAAACAGCAAAUACAAUUAAAGUUUCUUCGGGUCCAUGAGGCGUAUUGCACGCUGGCACCCGAAGGUGUACUCGGCUACCGACAAGUUCUUGAGUUUUUGCGGUCAUGUAGCUGCACAAUAACGGAUGAGGAGGCUGUUUUGCUUGUGCAAAAUAUUGUUCCUGAUAGCACUGGCGUUAUCUCAUUUGGCCAGUUUCUUAAAGUAGUGAAUGUCACUUCUUCGGGACACAUGGACGAGGCUUCGCUCACGGCGCGCUCUGUGAAGAGAGUUAAUAUGACCAAAGACGAGACACUCAAAGAGGUUGCCGCAAAGGCCGAACGUGCUGAGCGGAGAAAAAAGUUGGCAGUUGACUUGCGACAGAAGCUGAUACAGAGGAGGGGAACUGCGCAAGAGCAGUUUCGUCUGCUUGGUGGCCAUAGCGCCACAUCACGAAUGAAUCGCGACGUUUUUCGGCGGUCACUGAAUGAUAUUAUGCACUACAAUAUGCCAAAAGAAGAUGAGGAUAUGCUGGUGUCUAUUUUAUUUGAUGGCCACGAGGAUGAGAAUGGCGACAUUACAUACAAGCAGUUUCAGGAAUUCACGGAUCAAGAUGACUCCCUAUGA